ACUACAUGCCGUAGUUCAAGAUGGAGCCUGCGCAAUUCGGCGGCUUCGCAGUUAGCUAGCUAGCUACGUUCAAUAAUGACAAUAUUUAAUGAAAUAUGAGGGACUUCGAGACGUUUUGAUGCGUGCAGUGGGAUUUUGUUGAUUAAAUCGUAAUGUCCAUUUACAGCUUUUGGUCAUUAUGAAGCUAUAGUGUUUGCAAACAGAGGCCACCUGAAGAAUAUUCAGAUAAGAGAGAAGAGGAGAAAAUUGUACAUAAUCGCAGUCUAAUCUCGCUUUAAGAUAUAACGACAUGGCACUGAGAGAGCUGAAAGUUUGUCUCCUUGGGGAUACUGGAGUUGGAAAAUCAAGUAUUGUUUGUAGAUUUGUGGAGGACAGUUUUGACCCAAAUAUCAACCCAACUAUUGGCGCUUCAUUCAUGACCAAGACUGUGCAAUACCAAAAUGAGAUGCAUAAAUUCCUAAUCUGGGACACGGCAGGACAGGAGCGGUUUCGUGCUCUGGCGCCGAUGUACUACAGAGGUUCAGCGGCGGCCAUCAUUGUCUAUGACAUCACAAAAGAGGAUUCCUUCCAAACUCUGAAGAACUGGGUGAAAGAGCUUCGCCAGCAUGGGCCUCCUAAUAUAGUGGUCGCCAUUGCUGGCAACAAAUGUGACCUGUUGGACUCCAGAGAAGUGCCAGAAAAAGAUGCCAAGGACUAUGCUGAUUCCAUCCAUGCAAUCUUUGUGGAAACCAGUGCCAAGAAUGCCAUAAACAUCAGUGAGGUGUUUGUAGAGAUAAGUAAGAGGAUCCCUGUUGCUGACAGUGCAGCAGCAACAUCAGGCAAAAGUUUCAAAUUGGGACGGCAGGUCUCAGAGUCUCGAAGGACAUGCUGCUGAUAAUUUUGGUGGCUGAACCUAACGUGACCUAAGAACUAAACGUUACCCACCCCGCUAUCCUCCUGGUGUGCUUCAGCUUAAAGACACAACACAUUAUAAAUGUUUUUUCAAAAGCCCCAACAAACUUAUCUGGUCACUGCAGCAUGACUCGGACAGCAGCAGCCAAGCCUUUUUUUUUCCAAACAUCAUGAUUCAUAUUAAAAAUGAUUGAGGAACAACUUUUCAGGUUUUAAACCAAACAUUCAUACCUUAAAGGUGACGUGAAGCUUUCCAGUGUUCUCCAUGGACGUCGUUUAUACUUGUACACUUGUACAUUUGUAAAAAAAAAACAACAACAAUAUUUUCUGUCAGCAAAAAAAAAUAAUGAUGCAUUGAAGUAAAGUUCUAAGUUAUUUUUUUUUAGAUAAAAAAUAAUCUCAGCUUUAUGAAGGAUCUCCUCUUUCACAUUUAUAUGUAAUUUAUUUAUAUGCUCCUUUUAUGGCCUGAUUUUUUAUUUUUUAUUUUUUUUUGUUCCAGACAAAGCAACCCUACUCCCCAAACCAACCUCACGUUCUCUAGAUGCAAACAACAAUCAUGCGGAAAACAUUGCAGAAAUGAAAUAUGUGUGGGAGCCUACUUCCUUUACACCGAGGGAAUACUUCAACAUUUUGGUUGAAAUGUUGAAAUCUGAUGAAGUUUAAUAAGUCUCAGCUAUUUUAUGUACCUUGUCCAGAGUGUGGACUUAAAUUAGAGCUAGUUUAUUGAUGCAUUAUGAGGACAGAAGCAGGCUAACCUGUGUUAAAAACAUCUGAAGUUAGUGUGCAUUCCUAUUAGAAGUCCUUAUUUGAAUUGCUGUUAUUCUUCUCUCUGUGGCUCUGAAGAAUAGUCUCUUUGGCACUUGUAAGGUUCCUGGGAAUAAUACGUUAUUACUGUAAUUUAACCUCUUUGAUCAGAAGAACCUCACAUGCAGCAGCCCUGUGUUUAAUCAGAGCUUUAAACAGUGGCUAAUUAUUCUGUGUUAACGCCGCCAUCUCCUGCCAUCUGUUCUGCAUUUCCUCAUUAUAGUCACAGUAGACGCCCUCUGCUUCACAUGCCUGUGCUAACUGUUCAUCCUUCUUUUACUUUCCAAACUGUUUAAUGGGGAAAGCAGUUUUUUUCACUGAUUCUUUAAUUGUCCAAUAAAGAUCUUUUCAUCCUUCCUUUUUUUUUUUUACCUAAUCAGCACCGCUUUGCAUGUCCAAGUGCUGUUUUACUACUUGGCUUGUGAUGAAAAUACUGAGAUCUGGAAAUGAGGCCUCGUUUAAAGAAAACUUUUAUUUUCGAGCUCUGAUCUCAUGUUAGCAAGUGAGAAAACGUCAUCAGACGUGGUUUUGUAUUAACAAUGUUGACCCCUCACUCAACUUGAACUCUGUAUUUGACCCUAAUUGACUGUGAGCUUGGAUUUUCUUUUUCUUUAUUUUUUAUUUUUUUACUUUUUGUGCCUCAUUCUUCUAUAACACAAGGGCCUUGAUUCUUGCUUUAAUUGUUGUACGCGAUAUGAUUUUUGGAGCCGUUUCUUGUCCUCUAUAUGAAUUUAAUUCUGAGUUGCAGUGGAAGAGUAAUUCAACCUUUCUUCUAGCAUGAACUGGACUUUUUGUCUGUGUAUGUUCAGAAUUUGCUUUUUAGAUCCAGUUGAAAAUGCAACUGAAAGAGAACAAAUGUUGGAAUAUUGAGACUGAAGCUCAAACUGCCUUUUUUUCUUUACUAUCAGUGUAAACCCCUCUUUCUCUUUCUCCGAGAGUUCAGCUAGAUGUUGUAUUAUGGCGUUUGGUCAAUGUUUUGCUCAGACAUACAACAACCUUCACACUUAAUGGCACCCCUGUUGUUGAAAGAAUAAUUCUCAUUUUUGUUGCAUUUUUUUUUGUCACAGAUUCAGUUGUUUUAAACAAUUUUUUUCUCUGACUUAAUUGGCAAGUUUAAAUAAGUAAUUUUUUUUCCAGCUAUUUUCUAACUUGUGAAGACCUGAGAACCUGAAAAAACACUUCUAGUUGUCUUGUUUGUCCAAAUAACAACUUCGGCAAAUAUAUAGAAAAGGGACAGCACUUUAGCAUUAUAAACGCUGCACUUUGGUAAAUGUCCCAUCACUUGAUGAAGUUUAAAAAGUCCCAACUGUUAUGUGUACCUUGAUUUUUAUUUCAUUUUUACCUCUUACUCUUAAGACUUUGGUGCCAAAGCCAUUUUAGCACAUUUACCCAUCUUGACUGUUGAUGUGAUAUGAUUUACAGUUUCCUUAUAGCCCAUAUCUUUUUUCUGAUUAUUUCAACGGCGUGACAUUAAUAAUGCACCAGUUUAGAUUUUGUCGUUGAAAUUAACAAAAAGUCUUGGGCUGGCCCUAGGAAUCUGAUCAGUUUGUAACAUGUUCAUUUUACAGUGUAGAUAUCUGCCAUCAGAUUGCACACAAUCCUUACUCUUUAUUUCCCGUUGUUUGUGCAAACACAAUAUCUCUGUACACCACAUUGAGUACAUAUAUCAGCAGUGUAGCAACUAUAUUUAGCUUUUUAUUUUUUCAUAUUGAUUGUAGCAAAAUGCCUAAGACUUGUUUGCAGUGUAAGGCCAAAUAUGUGAAAAGGGAUUUCUUUUUUACUAAUAAAACUGAUUAAAAAAGACA